UCAUGUGAAAAUCCGCAUGCUCCUCUUUUUAAAACUGCCGACCGCUGUUAUCAAACACAAACUUGCUCUGCCUUGGCUCUCUGGAAUGCUUUUACUCAGAAAAAGUGACUCCUAGACGCUGACAAAGCUAAACUUUUGCUGAGGAUCUUGCUUUAAACGUGUAGGUUUGUAUCUUCAUGACUGCAUUCAGAAGCGAGUCGCCACCACCACCAUGCGAGCCCAAAUUGAAGUCAUACCAUGCAAAAUCUGUGGGGACAAGUCAUCCGGAAUCCACUACGGCGUCAUCACGUGCGAAGGAUGCAAGGGUUUCUUCCGAAGGAGCCAGCAGAACAAUGCCUCAUACUCCUGCCCACGCCAGAGGAAUUGUUUAAUCGACAGAACGAACAGGAACCGAUGCCAACACUGCCGUCUGCAGAAGUGUCUCGCCCUGGGAAUGUCUAGAGAUGCGGUGAAAUUCGGCAGGAUGUCGAAGAAGCAGCGGGACAGCCUGUACGCGGAGGUGCAGAAGCACCAGCAGAGGCUGCAGGAGCAGCGGCAGCAGCAGACCGGGGAGGCUGAGGCCCUGGCACGCGUCUACACCAGCAGCAUCAGCAACGGCCUCAGCAACCUCAACAAUGAGAUCGGAGGCACCUACGCCAAUGGCCACGUCAUUGACCUCCCCAAGGCCCCACCGGGCAAUGGCUUCUACAGCAUCGACUCCACCCAGCCCUCCCCCGACCAGUCUGGCCUGGACAUGGCGGGAAUGAAGCAGAUCAAGCAGGAGCCCAUCUACGACCUGACCCCUGUGCCAAACCUCUUCACCUACAGCUCGUACCCUGAUGGCCAGCUGGCCCCCGGAGUCACCAUGACUGAGCUGGAUCGAAUCGCCCAGAACAUCAUCAAGUCCCACCUGGAGACCUGCCAGUACACAGCAGAGGAACUGCAGCAGCUGGCCUGGCAGACGCACACGUACGAGGAGGUCAAGAUGUACCAGAGCAAGACACGGGACAUGCUGUGGCAGCAGUGUGCUAUCCAGAUCACGCACGCGAUACAGUACGUCGUCGAGUUCGCCAAGCGCAUAACCGGAUUCAUGGAGCUCUGUCAAAAUGACCAGAUUCUGCUCCUCAAAUCAGGUUGCCUGGAGGUGGUCCUGGUGCGAAUGUGCCGCGCAUUCAACCCGCUGAACAACACCGUGCUCUUCGAGGGGAAGUACGGGGGCAUGCAGAUGUUCAAGGCCCUAGGCUGUGAUGACUUGGUCAGCGCGGUCUUCGAUUUUGCCAAGAGCCUGUGUUCCCUGGCACUCACAGAAGAGGAGAUAGCGCUGUUCUCUGCAGCUGUCCUAAUUUCAACAGACCGCCCCUGGUUAAUGGAGCCCCGCAAGGUUCAGAAACUCCAGGAGAAGAUCUACUUCGCCCUGCAGCACGUAAUGCAGAAGAACCACUUGGACGAGGAUGCGCUGGCCAAACUGAUUGGCAGGAUCCCCACGUUAUCGGCACUUUGCACGCUGCACACGGAGGAGCUUCGGGCCUUCCAGCAGCUGCACCCCGAAACCGUGAACAUGCUCUUCCCCCCGCUAUACAAAGAGCUAUUCAACCCAGACUCUUCGGCCGGGCCCAAGUGACCGUCCAAGCAGGCGCGGUCAUCGGAGUGGAACGCAAAUUGACCCGGUUGUCUGUGAGUGGAACCUGAGCUGACAAGACAACAACAGGCAACAGCAACAACAACUAAAUUAAGCAAGCAUCACAUGUGAUACACUAGGAAUGUUCUGCACUUAACGAUUUUAUUCACCGAUACAGUCAAAGAAUGUAAA